AUUGGAGUAUUUUCUUUUUCCAUCGCGGGGGAGGGGAGACUGGACUGGGGAGACAGGAGAAGCCAGCGAAAAAGCGCCCCAAUCCAGCGGCGAGACAGAUCAAACUCGCCCGCAGCCUCGCCGCGACCGAAUCAAAACCCCUCGUCGCCGUCGGCGAUUCCGUCGUCCCGGCGCCCGCAGGGUUUAGCGCCUCCGAUCCGGGCGAGCGCUGCUCGGCGGGCCAGAUCUCGCUCGGGGGGGCACGCAGAUCUGGGGUUCCUUCCUCUAGGAGGAGAUGGCGCUCUCGGGGAUGCGGGGGCUGUCGGUCUUCAUCAGCGACAUACGCAACUGCCACAACAAGGAGCAGGAGCGCCUCCGCGUCGACAAGGAGCUCGGCAACAUCCGCACGCGCUUCAAAAACGAGAAGGGAUUAUCGCCGUAUGAGAAGAAAAAAUAUGUUUGGAAAAUGCUUUACAUACAUAUGCUCGGAUACGAUGUUGAUUUCGGGCAUAUGGAAACUGUUUCGUUGAUAUCUGCACCGAAGUAUCCUGAGAAACAGGUUGGAUACAUUGUGACAUCUUGCUUACUGAACGAGAACAAUGAUUUCCUAAGGAUGGUUAUAAAUACAGUACGCAAUGACAUAAUAGGACGAAAUGAGACUUACCAGUGCUUAGCAUUGACGAUGGUAGGUAAUAUUGGCGGGAAAGAAUUUUCCGAGUCAUUGGCCCCUGACGUCCAGAAACUUCUUAUUUCAAGUAGCUGCCGGCCUGUAGUCAGAAAGAAGGCUGCUCUAUGCCUUCUGCGGCUUUAUAGGAAGAAUCCAGAUGUUGUGAAUAUUGAUGGCUGGUCUGAUCGGAUGGCGCAACUUCUAGAUGAGCGUGAUCUAGGUGUGCUGACAUCUGUCAUGAGCCUUUUUGUUUCACUAGUAUCUAAUAACGCCGAAGCAUAUUGGAAUUGCCUUCCCAAGUGUGUAAGAAUAUUGGAGAGGAUGGCAAGAAACCAAGAUAUUCCACAAGAAUACACCUAUUAUGGAAUUCCAUCUCCUUGGCUGCAGGUUAAAACAAUGAGAGCUCUUCAAUACUUCCCUACCAUUGAAGAUCCCAGUGCAAGACGAGCUUUGUUUGAGGUUUUACAACGUAUUUUGAUGGGUACUGAUGUUGUUAAAAAUGUCAACAAGAACAAUGCCUCGCAUGCUGUUCUCUUUGAAGCUCUUGCUCUGGUUAUGCAUCUUGAUGCGGAAAAGGAGAUGAUGUCCCAAUGUGUGGCUCUUCUUGGCAAGUUUAUUGCUGUCCGGGAGCCAAAUAUUAGGUAUCUUGGUUUGGAAAACAUGAGCCGGAUGCUGUUAGUGACAGAUGUACAGGAUAUAAUUAAAAGGCACCAAGCUCAGAUAAUUACGUCUUUGAAGGAUCCAGAUAUCAGCAUUAGAAGACGGGCUCUUGAUUUGCUAUAUGGCAUGUGUGAUGUUACAAAUGCAAAGGAAAUUGUUGAGGAGUUAUUGCAGUAUCUUAACACGGCUGAAUUUGCCAUGCGUGAAGAGCUGGCUCUGAAGGCAGCCAUUCUUGCAGAGAAGUUUGCUCCAGAUCUUUCAUGGUAUGUUGAUGUUAUACUUCAGUUGAUAGACAAAGCAGGAGAUUUUGUAAGUGAUGAUAUAUGGUAUCGAGUGGUACAAUUUGUCACCAACAAUGAGGAUCUGCAGCCAUAUGCUGCAGCUAAGGCGAGGGAAUACCUUGACAAGCCUGCUUUGCAUGAGACAAUGGUCAAGGUGAGUGCGUACCUUCUUGGAGAGUAUGGCCACCUUUUGGCCCGUAGACCUGGGUGUAGCCCUAAGGAGUUGUUUACCAUUAUAAAUGAUAGGCUUCCGACAGUAUCGACAAGUACUGUUGCCAUUCUUCUGUCAACCUACGCGAAGAUACUGAUGCACACUCAACCUCCUGAUGCGGGACUGCAGCAACAAAUCCUGGCGAUAUUUAAAAAGCAUGAGAGUUAUAUUGAUGUUGAAAUACAGCAGAGAGCAGUUGAAUAUUUUGAACUAAGCAAGAAAGGUGCUGCUUUGGCUGAUGUGUUGGCUGAAAUGCCAAAAUUUCCUGAACGUGAGUCUGCUUUGUUGAAAAAGGCUGAAGAUGCUGAAGUUGACACCGCAGAGCAGAGUGCCAUAAAACUACGGAGUCAGCAACACACAUCCAAUGCUCUUGUUGUAGCUGAUCACCCCCCUGUAAACGGACCAGCACCAGCUGCCAAUCAUCUCACUCUUGUUAAAAUACCAAGUCAAAAUAUUGCUGAAGAGAGCCAUGUCAGUUACGAAGAAACUACUGUAGAAGCUCCCAAAGAAAAUGGUGCUCCUGUCGAAGUCGAGAGCAAAGUCGAGAACAUUACUGAGACCAAUAUUCAGAGUAAAGUUGAGCCUCCCACCUCUCAUCCUGUUUCUCAAGCAGACCUCCUUGCGGACCUUUUGGGUCCUCUUGCAAUAGAGGGUCCUCCUGCUGCUGUAGAGCAAAAUCCUGUUCAAGGGUUGGAAGCUAAUCAAAGUCCGGUAGGUGACUUGGCACUAGCUACCCUUGAGGACCAGUCCAAUUCAGUUCAGCCAAUUGUCAAUGUCGAGGAGAAGUUUCAUGUCUUGUGCAUGAAAGACAGUGGAGUACUGUAUGAGGAUCCUCACAUUCAGAUUGGUUUAAAAGCAGAGUGGCGUGCCCAUCAUGGCCGUCUUAUUCUUUUCCUGGGGAACAAAAAUACUUCACCUCUUGUGUCAAUGCGGGCUCUGAUUUUGCCUCCUAGCCAUUUUAAAGUGGAACUCUCAUCAGUUCCCGAUACUAUUCCUCCUAGAGCACAGGUGCAAAUUCCACUUGAGGUUACGAAUCUCCGUGCGAGUAGAGAUGUUGCUGUUCUUGAUUUCUCAUAUAAACAUGGAACUGUGCUGGUUAACGCUAAACUUCGGCUCCCUAUUGUAUUGCAUAAGUUCUUGCUACCUACAACUCUUACCCCUGAAGAUUUUUUCCCCCAGUGGAAAACAUGGAAUGUUCAGCCACUAAAGAUUCAAGAAGUGGUAAAAGGUGUAAAACCAUUACCUCUUCCUGAAAUGGCUAAUCUUCUCAUGAGCCUUCACCUGGCAGUUACUCCUGGACUUGACACCAACCCGAACAACAUGGUGGCGUGUGCUACAUUCUAUUCCGAAACAAACCGUACCACACUUUGUCUGGUCAGAGUUGAAACAGAUCCCCAAGACAGAACCCAACUCCGGCUAACAGUUGCAUCAGGAGAUCAAUAUUUGACAUUCGAGUUGAAAGAGUUUAUCAAGGAACAUCUGAUCGAUAUCCCAAUAACUCAUGCCGCGCCUCCUCCCGCACCGCAACAACCACAGUUGCCUCCAGCAGCAGCAGCAGGAGCACCUGGCACAUACAACGACCCUGGGGCCAUACUAGCUGGGUUGCUAUGAAAUGGAAAAGUUUUGAUACAAUAGCAUCUUAGAGGUACACGAAAACUUGUUUCAUCUGAGGAUCUAACAUCGCCCCGAGCAUCUUGCUGCCUAAGACAAGGAGACUGAAUGGUUGAAGAAUGAAGAUGGCGCAAGGGCUCGCGGAGUUUGCCCUUGAGCUUCACCGGCGGGAAGAGCACUGUAGUAUCAUUCAUUUUGGGCUUGCCCUUCUAAAGGGCCCCCAUGUCGAGCAAUCAUAAUCGCCUCUUGUGUAAUCCUCAUUUGUUGUUUCUCUCGUGUGUGUAUACUCACUCGCUCAGCAUUGUUGCCUAGGUCUGGUGGUGAAUAUCAGUAGCUCUUUGAGCGUGUGUGUUUAUAUAAGGUUUUCGUAGGUUCUUCCACCCCCACCGACCCACCCACCCACCCACCAAGCCGGUUGUAAAGUUUGCCAUUGAUGCGCAUUGCAUUAGCACUGUUUUGUACCAAUAAGGUUGGAAUAGGGAAAAAGGAAAUUGAUGGAUA